AUGUUAAACAGGUGGGUGCCCGAAAGUCGAAUCGUUUUAUUCCUACCCCCUCCACUCAUCGGGAGCUUCGUUUGCUGCCAGGGCAACCCCCCCUCCGCAACAUAACCAACCCUAACCAUGUAUUUUCCUUCCUACACAGCAGUGGUUGUUUCUCGCAUUAUGCCCUUCGCUUCUUUACUCCCUUUAUUAUCCGCUUGUGUCCUCGCGUUGUCUGAUCGCAUACCUGCCCCGAGAUGUCAUCUGACAUGGAGCUCGUCCCAGUGCCGGCACUAACCAAGUCGAAACAGUCGCGGGUGUUGAUGGUUGGCGCCGGCGGCAUCGGUUGCGAACUACUCAAGAACCUUGUUCUUACCGGCUUCGGCGAGGUUCACGUGGUCGACCUCGACACAAUCGACCUCAGCAACCUCAACCGGCAAUUCCUCUUCCGACAAGAGCAUAUCAAGAAGUCGAAGGCAUUGGUCGCGAAGGAAGUUGCCGAAAAGUUCAAUCCGGCAGUCAAGAUCGUCGCCCAUCAUGCCAACAUCAAAGACGCCGAGUUCAGCAUCGAAUGGUUCAGCAGCUUCAGAAUAGUGUUCAACGCACUGGACAACCUCGAGGCGCGGCGCCAUGUCAACAAGAUGUGCUUGGCCGCCGACGUGCCUCUGAUCGAGAGCGGGACCACCGGGUUCAACGGCCAGGUCCAGGUGAUCAAGAAAGGCGUCACCGCGUGCUACGACUGCUCGCCAAAGGAGACACCCAAGUCAUUCCCCGUCUGUACCAUCCGCAGCACCCCGAGCCAACCGAUCCACUGCAUCGUCUGGGGCAAGAGUUAUCUUCUCAACGAAAUAUUUGGGACAAGCGAGGACGAAUCGGCCUUUGACCACUCCUCCGAUGCCGAGAACGCCCAAGAGAUCGCGGAACUCAAGCGCGAGUCGGAAGCGCUACGAAGGAUCCGCGAAUCAGUCGGCAGCCCGGAAUUCCACGAGAUGCUUUUCGACAAGGUUUUCAACACCGAUAUCGUCCGGCUGCGGUCAAUGGAAGACAUGUGGAAGGCGAGGAAGGCCCCGGAGCCGCUCAACUACAAGGACCUGCUGGAAAAAGCCAAGGAAGCGUUGGCGUCCAAGGAGGCGGUCUUGAAGGAUGACCAGAAGGUCUGGUCGCUGGAAGAGAACUUGGUCGUCUUGAACGACAGCUUAGACCGACUGAGCAAGCGAAUCCUCGACAUAAAAAAUACACAGGGUGGUCUCGCGGACGCGAUCAUCACCUUCGACAAGGAUGACGAGGACACACUAGACUUCGUCGCCGCAAGCGCAAACAUCAGGUCGACUCUGUUCGGCAUCGACCGCAAGUCUAAAUUUGACAUUAAACAGAUGGCGGGCAACAUCAUACCCGCGAUUGCGACGACCAAUGCCAUUGUGGCCGGUCUCUGCGUACUCGAGGCGUUUAAAGUGCUCAAGGGCGAGUAUGACAGGGCGAGAGAGGUGUUCCUAACGCCAUUCGCACCCGCCCGUCUCUUAGCAUCAGACAAAUCCCGAGUGCCCAACCCAGACUGCCCGGUCUGCAGCGUCUUCCAAACCCGUGCCUAUGUCGACCUGUCGAGGGCAACACUCAACGACCUCGUCGAGGAUUUCCUGAAGCUCCAGUUGGGGUAUGGGGAAAAAGAAAUCUCCGUCAGCAACGAGGUCGGCAUCCUGUACGACCCCGAUGAGACGGACAAUCUUGGCAAGAAGCUGAGCGAGCUCGGCAUCAAGCCGGAUUCCUUCUUAACCAUCACAGACGAAGACGACGAGGAUCCGUACGUCAACGUGGUAGUCGCCAUUCAAGAAGCCAAGGAACCCCUCGAUGACAAGCCUAUUAAGGGCGUCUCAUCUGGAGAGGUCAAGAUCCCAACCAAGCCAAAGAAAACCCCUGCUCCAGAGGCCAAUGGCCAGAAUGGGCGUGGCAUCGAAAACGGUAGCAGGCAGCAAAGCGAAGGGGUGGCCGAGGUAGUACCGGCGAAACGCCCGCACCCGGAAGACCCGGAGGAUGUCGCGGUCGUCAAGAAGGCGAAGACGGUGGCGUCAGCUACGGAUAAGGACGAUGGCGUUGUCGUCCUCGACGAUGCCGCGGGGGGUGCCAUCGUCAUUGACGAUGACUGAAACCUCCCAGAAUGCUGAGGUGGCACAAUAACUCCCCAGCAGCUGCCGACGCCAUGAUAGGGCGGCAGCUCAGGCGACUGCUUGCCGAUCUCACCUCUUUGUAGCGCUGGAGGCUGGUGUGCGUCGGGCCUGCAAUUCGCCCGCUCCUCUUUCUCGUUCUCGCCGACCCCUU